GUGAAUGGCACGAUAAGCGAGCACCAAUGAUGUGGAGGCGGCCAGGACAGUCUCCGGUCGCCGUGAUGGUCUACGAGGCCUUUUCCUCGCGUCUCGCCCAUGGUUCCGACGGUCUAGAAACGCUGUCAGCGUCGUGGGCACUGUGCAACGGGCGACGUGGAGCCAUGACAAGCCUUGCGAUGCGCGGCGGCGGACAAGACUCGCGCCUGUGCAAGGCUUGGCGCAUACCUCAACGUCGCCACCUUCACCGGUUUUCGACGCCUGGAGGGGCUGUGUACAAGUUGCCCAUGGAUGCCACCGCGCCGCCAAAUCGGCUGGGCUCGUCUUGAGGCGGAUUUCUUGAUGCGAUCAAGCUGCGCUCGAGGGCUGGCACGCUGGCGAAUCGGAAAGGGCGGUGAGUGGCGGCAUCGACUUUGGGCAGAGGCCAAGCGUCGUGCAUAUCGACACAAUUCCCAUCCACCCGCUCGCUUUGGGUCAGCGGCCCCUCUUCUGGCC